AGAGAACAGACAGAGAGCUACACUGCAGUAGAGGAGGAGGAAAGAGGGACAGAGAGAGUAAAAGGACAUGAAGAGAGGGAAGGAUUUUCAAAUCCAGUGAUCUGGGUGGGAGGAAAUGAUCUCUGCUGCAUCCUUGAAGAGUGAGUGAGGGAGACAUGAGGAGUGAGAGGGGUGACAGAGGGGAGAGAUUAGUGAGUCAGAAUCAGGGGGAACUAAAAAAGAUCCUAUGACGGUUGACAAAAUAAGAGAUUGGUGGUGAGUGUAAGAGCAACAGUGUAGCACUGAUUCAGGUCAGUGGUUCCUAUUUCUGUGGCGGGGGAGAGAAAAGAGGAAGAAAAGCAAACAAACACAGGUAAUAGAAACAAUUAACGAGUGAUAGACAGAAAAGGAAGAGAGAAUUUGUUAUGUUUGUCAUGUAUAUGCUGAAGUGUUAGGUCUCAAUGUUGUAGUAGAAAGUUUAGAGUUAAAGUUUCAAUAGAGGGAGUCGGGAGAGAGCGAGACUCAAAUACCAAAAAAGGUCUGGAGCCAGAGCUGGAGAAACUGCAGGCUUGACAGAUGCUGCAUGGCCAUGGGGAGAGAAGAAUAAAGAGACAGACAGACAGGCAGAGAGACAGACUGACAGACAGACGAGGGGCUGACACAUAGAGACAAACAGGAGACAGAAAAGAACUUAAGUGACAGUAAACUAGAGGUGGGGUUAGGUGUGAUCCAGAAAGAGUAAUAGAGUGUGUGUGUUCAUAUGUGUGGGAGGGGAGGAUCCGAGGCCAUGGCGACGGGCCCUGACCUCGGUGCACCUGACCUGGCCAAGGGCCCCCAGACGACAGGAGCCGUUGGGCUCCAGACCCUGCUGGACCUGCUGGUGGGCGUCUACCAGGAGUUCUACUCCUCGCCCUUGGCAAGGGAGAAGUAUGUCUCUGGUUUCCUGCAAUGGGCUGAGCCCCUGGUGAGGCAGGUGAGAAGGACUCGCAUCAAAAGAGAAGACUUUCACAUCCUGAAGGUGAUUGGCCGGGGAACAUUCAGUGAGGUUGCUGUAGCAAGGAUGCGAAGCACACAACAAGUGUAUGCUCUGAAGAUUAUGAAUAAAUGGGACAUGCUGAGGCGAGGAGAGACAGCAUGUUACCAGGAGGAGAGGGAGGUUUUACUGAGGGGUGAUCGAUGCUGGAUCACAGAGUUGCACUAUGCCUUUCAGGAUGACAACUAUCUGUACCUGGUGAUGGAUUACUAUGUAGGGGGGGACCUGCUGACUCUGCUCAGUAAGUUUGGAGACCGGAUCCCUGAGGACAUGGCUCAGUUCUACUUGGCUGAGAUGGUCAUGGCCAUUGACUCUGUCCACAGACUGGGUUACGUACACAGAGACAUCAAACCUGACAACAUCCUGCUGACAGCUGAUGGACACAUCAGACUAGGAGACUUUGGUUCCUGUCUCAGGCUCCUAGAGGAUGGGACGGUUCACUCGUCCCUAGCAGUCGGGACCCCUGACUAUUUGUCUCCAGAGAUUUUAAGGGCAGUAGAGGGAGGUGGAGGUUACGGUCCUGAAUGUGACUGGUGGGCUCUGGGUAUCUGUGCCUAUGAGAUGGUGCUGGGGACCACACCCUUCUAUGCCGACUCCAUCUCUGAAACGUAUGCCAAGAUCAUCCACUUUCAGGAGUAUUUUGAGUUCCCUCCUUCUGGCCCUGUGAUUUCAGACAAGGCUCGUUCCUUCAUCACUGGGCUCAUCUGUGAGAGGGAAGUCCGUCUGGGGAGGAAAGGCUCCAGUGACUUCAGGAACCAUCCAUUCUUCUAUGAACUAGACUGGGGUUCCCUGCAUAAACUCCCUGCCCCCUUCCUGCCUGAAGUAUCUAACCCAACUGACACCUCCAACUUUGACAUUCUGGAUGACGGUCUCAGCGAAAUGGAGACGCUGUCUGGUGUAAUGGACCGAGCUCCAAUAGGAGUACACCUGGCUUUUGUCGGAUACUCUUACACCGCUACCUGCCAGACGGGUGCCAUCGACCGCAGUCAAGACAUCAUGAUGCAUAUUGACCACACAAGGAUCGGGGACGGUGAGAGUCUUUACACACCGGAGAAACUGAACCCGCGGUGGCAGCUUACAGACACUCUACCGGUUGACCUGCCUGCACUGCUGGAGUUCCCGCUCACUCUGGAGCAAGGUCCUGCUGCCUCACCGUACACCACCACCACCACCGAGGAAGAGGAGACUGGUCAAAUAUUUGGACUCGGUGAAAACUUGCAGAGACAAAGAACAGAGAAGAGGUAUUGUGAGAUGGAGAAAGAAAUGGAGAGAUUGAAGGAGGAGAUGCAGGACUGGAGAGCCCCCAAAGAGACAGCACUGAGUAUCUGCCCAGCAUCUCUUGCUCUGCCUACCCACUGUGUGGACACACCAGGGGAUCUGCUGUCUGUUCACUGGACUGACGUGCCUGUGUUACAGAGGGAGAGAGCGCCCCCAACCUGCAAUUACCCGCUGGUGAUUCCUCUCCACCGUCACCUGCUCCUGUUCCACAGGGUUCGCCUGCCACAGGUGAAGAGUGAGUCAUACCUGCUGGUGUGCGCAGAAGGGGGGGAGCUCCAAGCCUGGGAGAGACACUGUUAUACCGAGCUCUCCUGAAUGCGCUUUAAAAAGGUGGCACAUGCCGACCUCUCCCACUAUAACAGGACAAAGGACUGAGCCCCUGCUCUACGCCCUCUCAAUGCCCCAAUCGUCAGCCUCCUAAGAGCAGCACUAAAACACUUCUAACGAGAGCUGCUGAGGGUUACAGUACUGUACGAGAUUUUCUAAAUGAAGUUUUCCCAACUGAUAUGAUGAGAAAGGCAGGUCAGACUGCUGGGAGCUGAGGAGGAAACAUGAUGACGACAUCUUCCGACCUACCUUGCCUGCUUACCAGACUGAAAGUCACAAUAGAGAUGCACUGAGUUCAUAGCACACUGAGAAAAAUACUCAACUUACUUUAAUGAGUGGCAAUAACAAUGAUGUUUGAGUGACACAGAGAGACUCUCCUGUGUAUCAUGUAUCAGCACCUAUAGGGGUGGUUUGUUCUUGUUUUGCACUACUAUAGGCAUGUUUUUUGCUGUGUCUGUUUUAGUAUUCAAAAGAUUACUAAUAACGACCAUGAUAUCUGUAUAUUAACUCGGGCCAUACCACCACAGGCUGUGAAAGUGUGAAAGGUGUGCUGCAUAAAUAAAAAGGCAAACAUAGUUGGAGAGUUAGGGUGGAAGAUGUGUAGCGUAUAAAGUCAGAUAUGAGGCAUAGACAUAACACAAAAGGGUACAUUAUAACCAGACCUGUAGUUUUAUAAGUGCUAAAGCCUGUCCAAAUUCUCCCAAAGCACCGCCCCAUGACAUUUUAUGACUACCUACCUUCAUAAUAAUCAAACUAUUACAUUUUAUCUCCCGACACGACUACUAAAUGGAUAUCUCAACACCUUCCACACAUUGCCAGGAAUGUAAUUCUGACGGAGAUACAUGAUAUUUCAUUCUUUAUUUGUUUACAAAGAAAAAGCUUUUGGCUUAAAAUUGUCUCAUUUCAGAAUUUAUAUGUUAUGAAUUCACCAGAGUCAGAGCUUAAAAGCUCAUCUUGUGGAAUCUGUGUGUAUUUUUUUAAUGUUUUUUUUUCCUAUUGGAAAAAGUUGUAUUGUCACUGAAAAAUAAAAUACAGGCAUUAAAAGUUCAUGUCAUUAA